AUGGAUCCGCCCAUGAUCCCGACACCUGGCAUAGCGGCCUCCCGACCGCCUCGUUCCUCACAUUCGUCCAGCCCAAGAAAACGUCCACAUCGCGGCGAUUACCCACCCUCUACUGAUAACGCUAGCCAUCGCCCAAUGAGCGGCGGUCGGGCUCCAGGGACUGGUCCGGUAUCCAUAUCCGAGGCUACACCAGCCAACGAGGCCCGCUUCGAACCCCCCGCCGGUAUUGCUGGUAAACCCUCCAAGUCCUCCAAACGCAAAAAGAACCGCAAUCGCAAACGUCGCAAUCGACACCAGUCUUUUAUUCCACCUCAUCCGGAGGAAUCUCAUGAUAGUCCUGGGGAUAUUUCUGGAGCUGGAGGUGUUAGAGAUUCAAUGGAGGCCGAUCGGCCAACCUCGAGGGACAACCCGUCGUUCUUCAAAUUGGGACGCAAUCUGAGCAACACAAGCUUGGAGAGCGAUGCGCUACUAGACCAUCGGGACCAACCUUCGAUGCGGCCUCGUCGUGACAGUCGGCUCGCAUCGUCAUUCCGCCCGAGCUCUCUAACAUCCAAUGUCUUUCGAUCGAAUGAUGGGCAAUCUCGCAGCACCCAGAGGGGGGGACGGAGCCAACAACAUCACAAUGGUGAUAGUGAGGAAGAGGAUCUUAAUGACCGGACGCCAUUGAUGCGGUCAGUUUCAGGCCACACGUCCGGCCAUAAUCGAUAUGGAACAGACACACGUCCGAAUUUGUUUUCAUCACGUGCUCGACAGUCCUCUGUUCAAACUAUUUCCUCUGGAUGUUCGCCAAAGGAUGAUCGCAGCCCACUGUAUUCUCCCACCGUAGAGCGAGACUACGAUAUCAACAACCCGCCUUCGACUCCCGGGUCUCCAACGAUUGGCCCGGAGAUGAAGUAUGACGAUGCCGUAGUAACUGGAACUGAGUGGGACUUCUCACUGGCUCGGUCAAUGGAGAAUCGCAGGGAAUCGUUGAACAUCCUCAAUGACACGCUAAUUGACAUGGAUGGAAAUGGACUACAACCACACUCUGCGCCAUCCUCUGCACCUGGAUCACCGAUGCUGUCUCCACACCAAGAAAUGCGGCGACGCCGGACUGUGGCAUUACCAGCAGAGGGAGACGUAUGCUUCCCUACCGAAACGAUAUCUGAAUUGGGAGACGAGGGACCAAGGCAAUUGCGAGAUGAAGCUGGCGAUCGUCGACGGCGUAGACAUCGCCGAUGGCCAGAUCUCUCUGCACUAGAAGAAUGGAGCCGCGAGGAGAAAGAGGAGCGCAAUGGAGACAUUCGAGUCAAAAGGAUCAGUGAGCCUGUGCUCAUCGAAGGCCGACUACGCCCUCAGUAUAAAGGUUGGCGACGGGAAGAGGAUGAGGCGCCGUAUAGGUUCACAUAUUUCAACGAGGAAUUCCCGAGCACUAUUCAUGCCCAAACCAUCUCCGAGCUGGUACAGCCAGGCGGUACCUUCCGCGAUUUGUUUAUUCCAGAUCCCCCUGAAUUGGAGGAUUCGUCGGGAGAUGAGGAUACGGACGAGGAAUCUUCUAUGGAGAACCCAGGUUUCAAUAACUUAACACAUCCUGCCAGCAAGCCAACAUCCCACACGGACAACCAAAGUCAGGGGCAAGGUCAUCAAACCAACGUCAAUCCUCAGCUGACAGCUCAGACCGUUGUUCCUAAUGGAAGAAGCACGACUGACUUCACCUCCGGCAAUGCCCCUCCUGUCAGAGGACCUUCACGUUUAUCCGUUAUCAGCGAAGGGCGCCCAGACUCCCACCGAGAGCCUUCGCCGGCACCUUCAAACACCCCGUUUAGCUCUACGCCUAACCCGAAACCUAAACGGUACGGUCCGCGGCCUACUUUCUGGCUAGAUGUUCUCUCUCCGACAGAUGCAGAGAUGCGUACGAUUGCCAAAGCGUUCGGGAUCCACGCGCUGACGGCAGAGGACAUUAUGAUGCAAGAAGCUCGAGAGAAAGUCGAGUUGUUCCGCAGCUACUAUUUCGUCAACUACCGCACCUUUGAGCAGGAUACCAACAGCGAGAACUAUCUAGAGCCGGUGAACAUGUAUGUGGUGGUUUUCCGAGAAGGCGUAAUAUCCUUCCAUUUCUCGCAAACACCCCACCCAGCCAACGUACGGCGACGUAUCCGCCAACUUAUGGAUUACCUGAUCCUCAGCUCAGACUGGAUCUCAUACGCACUGAUUGAUGACAUUACUGACGUCUUCGGCCCGCUGAUCCAAGCGAUUGAAGAUGAGGUCGAUGAGAUCGACGAGAAGAUCAUGCAGAUGCACUCUUCCGGCAAGGAGGGAUCGUCCAAUGACAGUGUGCUUCCUUCCUUUGGACCAGGAGAGAUGCUCCGGCGAGUGGGCGAAUGCCGCAAGAAGGUCAUGGGACUGUAUCGACUUCUCAGCAACAAGGCCGAUGUAGUCAAGGGCUUUGCCAAACGUUGCAAUGAGCAGUGGGAGGUCGCACCCAAGUCAGAGAUUGGUCUGUACCUAGGUGACAUUCAGGAUCACAUUAUGACGAUGACUGGUAACCUUACACACUACGAAACAAUCCUUUCCCGCGCACACUCCAAUUAUCUUGCGCAGAUCAAUAUUCUCAUGAACGAGCGUCAGGAACAUACUGCCGAUGUCCUGGGUAAGCUGACUGUUCUUGGUACAAUUGUCCUACCGAUGAACAUCAUCUGCGGUAUGUGGGGGAUGAAUGUUAAGGUACCAGGUCAGGAAGUUGAUAGCCUAACAUGGUUCUGGUGUAGUACGUCUUCCCUGUCUCCUCCCCAGGAUAUCUGCUAA